CUGGGUCUCCGAACGACAACUCUCACGUUCCCUAGACGAAGAGCUCGAGCAAGCCCACUCCGAGCGAGAGCAAACGCAUCUGUUGGACAGAGCAGUCACCUGGGGGGACCUGAGGAUGGCGCAUCAGGCGCUGACGACGGCGUUGGAACGACUUGAGACUAGCCUGGAGGCGGCGGUGGCGGAGGCGGUAGGACCGGUCCCUGUGGGUGCCGAGGAGUUGGAAUUGGAGGAACUGGACCAGCAACCAACCCCCCCUGCGCUACCCCUCAGCCCAGCAGACCGCGAGAACAGGAUCCCAGUCCUUCAUCUUCCGGAACGUGAACCCUCUGUCUCGGAACCCGCGCAAGCCGAGCCUGAGUCUGCCCAGCAUAUGCAGCUGUUUGACCUGCAGACUCUGUUACGCCAGGAGGAAGAGAUGGACGAGGCGAGCUGGUUGUGGAGCUUGGGCGUGCAACGGGCCCUAAGCGAGGAGGAGGGUUGAGCGGAGUUGGAGGGGCCUGCUGUGCGAGUCAUGUGAUUUGAGC